UGUUGAUCACUGGUCCCGGCCGGUGAUUUCCUGCUGACACCCGGCGAUUGCCAUGUAUCACUGACUGGGGAAAGACCUAUCUGUAAACAAUACAGAUUUCUCCCGUCAGCUUCUGCACAUUGCUUUGUAUUGCUUUGCAUAGCAGAGCAACAGUAAAGCACACACACAGCACACAGUAAAACAGUACACAGUUAACCUUUUGAUCGCCCCACAUGUUAACCCCUUCCUGCCCAGUGUCAUUAGUUCAGUGUCAGUGCUUUUUAUUAGCACUGAUCACUGUAUUAGUGUCACUGGGGAUGUCAGUGACAGUUAGUCAGUUUCACCCCCAGUGUAAGUCCCUGAUCGCCACA